GCCAAACAUAAUUCUCCACUGUCGUCGAAACUUAGAGAAGUGAUUUCACCACCUAAAUCUGUAUUUUUCAACCACUUCCUUGGCUCAAUUGAAGACAACAACUCGUAGGUUAUUGGAACUGUUGUCAUUUUUGGUUUAAAUCUUGAAAUCCAAAACGUUUUGUCGAAGCAUUGGUGGACUGGCAAAGUGGGAACUACAUAUUGAUUUAAAAGUCAUGGCUGAAUAUUGGAAGAGCAUUCCCAAAUAUUUUUGUAAAUAUUGUCAACAGUUUGUUACAGAUACUCAACUUAUUCGGCGGGAACAUGAACAAAGCUUUAAACACAGAAAUGCACUGAAACGGUUUAUGAAUGAGAUCCACUCAUCUAAUUUAAAGCGACUAAGUAAUACUAAAGAAAAUCCGCCUUCAAUUUCUAGUAGUGCUUCUGAAUCUGCUUUAGCAUCUUACGAAAGACCAAAGACACAAAAGCUGAAAAUACAUCCUGCAAAGAAGAAAAGUACGCUUGAUGAUUGGGACAUUCCAGAUGCUAGUCAGGAUGCGACAUCUUCGCAUAGCUAUACCCCAACACAAGGUCCUGCCGAACAAAAUAAUGAAUUAGCUAAUAUACAAAAAGAGAAAGAGGAGAAACAAGAACAAGAACAAGAGAAACAUUCAGAAAUAAAAGAGGAAGUCUCUUCGUUAAAAAGAAACAGGGAGUCUGUCGAGAAUGAAGAGAAAGCCUUCAUUCAUUUCGAAGUUAGACAAAAAACCUUAGACGCAGAGAACAACUCUGGAGAUAGUACACUUAAAUAUUCUAAUACUGAAGAAAAACUGCCGAAAGUAACUUUCAAAAAGAAGAAAUCUUCUGCUCGUCAAAAUAUCAAAUCCUCUAAAAAGGUUACGGACUAGGUUUUCUUUCAUGUCAAAUUAAAAAUUGAACAAGAUUUUAUUUAUUUUCAAUCUUUUUCAUAAAAGUCGAUCUUUACGUCCAAGUUACCCAUAAUAAUCUUGAGUGUUAUGGACGAAGUAAUCAGAAUAUUUGGUGAGAAGCAGAACAACAGAACAAAAAUGUAGGUAGUUAUAAAUAAGCAUAUCGUAUCAUCU